CCGAUCUGUCGGCUUGUUCUUUGUUCCUCUAGCUUUGUCGCUAGCGAAUACGAGCACCAUGAACCUUCUUUCUAGUACAAGCAUUGGCGUCAACAUAGCUACGCGGCCUGUUGCCGCUAUUUUCGUCGUGUACCUGCCUUUGUGGGUCAUGUACACGCGAAAUUCAUCCUCUUGCCGAUACAUCUGGGUCAUGAUAGUUUCCAUGUCACGAAGAUAGCUUAUAUACCAUGUGUCCAAGAGUGACAAAGAUAAAGCGAUGAAGUGACAUUCUCAAGUAAGAGCUUGAAGAUCAGAGUAUUAAGUAAGGGAACCUACAUGGUCAACAUAGGGAGGAUUUUCCAGCAAGUUCGAAGAGAUUGUGCUAGGCACCGAGCCAGUGGAACAGAAGGGGUGGCAACGUGACUAAGGCGAUACGAUUCUAGGGUUCAGCAUGUUGUGCA